UGUUUGUCAGGUGACGUACGAGAGCUUCAAAUAAUGCUAUCAUACAAGCAUAUAUAUUUCCUUGCAUUGGGCAACGCUGGCUGUCUUUGGAACAACCUAUCUUAUAUCAAAAAGGAUGGGGAACGCCGGAACAGUGUUGGCGCGUGGUAACAUUACCAUUGCGAAUGAAACGGCUGAUGAUGUCCACAUAAAAGGCGAGGUUUGGACAGAUGAUAAGUCGGAAAAAAGGACCAAUUGGUUCUCAUCGGCAAUUGAGCCAGACUCGGACGAAACCAGGUCCAUUGCGUUCAUGGCAAAACGGGCUCAUAAGCUCAUAUUUUCCAUUGAAGGGAGUCCUUCCAAGUUGCAGGUUUGGAUAACUGAUGAGAAACGUGUGGACAGCACAAAGAUAUCCUGGAUUAUUGUGGAGGAAGGUGGCUACCUUAAGGCCAAGAGUGCGAAGAAUGGAAAGGUGAUCAGCUCGGUCAAGCUGAAGUGAGCAGGGCAGUUAAAGGGGGGCUAUACGGGAACUAUAUGGGGGCUGAUUGGCAGUCUUCAUGCGAGGAGCCUGAUGCUUGGGUUGAGUAUGAUUCGCCGCUAGUCAUAUUCUUCCCGCAGCGGGAAUAGUUUCGAAGUAUAUUGUAAGAGAGGAAAUAAGCCAUUUGCGACCCUACUUAAUCUGCCCUCCCUCACUCCUGUCUAUAGUCCCCCCUUAAGCGGUCACGAGGUCUAUCUGGAAAGACAAGACGUUGUUGAUUGAACUUUGUAUAUUUAAGCCACUGAAACGAUUCAGACAAUACAUACAGUAUAGCAUAUAUAGCUUUAUGGCUUUUUGAUGGAUAAACUUUGUUUAUAGUUGUGAAAGUUGCUUUAAGAAGUAUCCAAAACUACGAUUUAAAAGCGGGAUGACCGGAACAUGUGAGCCUAGCUAACAUCCUUAUUAACUCUGCUCGGUAAAAUCGCAGCGAAAUCGAGUAGACAAUGAAGUUAAAGCAAUAAUUCAGGAUGGCCCACUGGUUAAACAAUUCACCCAGUUGGUCCAGGAUUUCAGCAUAGCUAGGUUCCAUCGACUGACCAAUGAUAAGCGCAGAAUAGGUCCACGUUACGGUGCUUGGCGACAUGAAGACCAGAUACAUUGCUGAAACAGCGAUUAAGUUCAUCACGGGUUUUAGGUCCUGAGACUCCUUUGUUUUAUUAAGACUCAUCUUCUCUGAGAGCUUUCGACGAGAAACUACAAUACCUCGAACAAUAAAAAGGUUUGCCAUAAAAAUAAUCGAGCCUGGUCCGAAAUAAUAUAGGCUGUUCUGCAAUAAGACAUAACCUAAAAUAUUUUCCUUGAAGAAACAGUGUCGUAUUCCUUGACUUUCCAUUAUACUGCUAAGUAUGGGCAUGUAAAGGCAUACCAGGCAAAUAGAAAGAAUCACAAAUGCCAGCAAACCUUUUCGUUUCGUUGCGGUGAUUCCUGCUCGUUUUAGGGGAAACCAGACGACUAUUGCUCUCUCCAGUGAGAAUAUGGCAAUUACCCAUGCAGAGAUGCACUGAAAUGCCACAAAGAAAUAACCAAAAACUUUGCAAUUUAGAGUCGAAGAUAGAAAUAAAUUAAUGCUGAGUUGUCCAUUUGUGAGAGUUUGCAACCCAGAGGACAUCCAGAGGACGACCCCGACAAAGAAGAUACAACAAGUGUCGGCGAUGGCGAGGAUGCUUAGGUAGUGGAUGGUGGCAUCGUUACGCUUUCUGGCCCGGUAGAACACGACGAUAGACAAGCCAUUCCCGAUCACACCUAUGACCAAGAUGAUUAUCAUCACGUAGCCUUGUAUUAUUGAAACAACGUCAUAAAGAGUUCCAGCUAAGCCGACCGGUGGCUGAAUAGGGAUAGUGAUGGUAUCUUCCAUUGCACACCAAAUCCAAGAGGCCACCGAUCCACCAAAACGUCGUCGGAGGGUCACUGCUCUGAAUGGGAGCUAGUCAUUCUCUAUCACUGAACAGUUGUAAAAUGUGUCUCUCAUGUACUAUAUCAUUUUACUAGGAAAACAAAUCAAAGUAAUAACAUGUACUAAAUAAAGAUGGUCACAUAUAAAUACACCAGCUUCCAGAAAUAACGUUCCGUUUUGAUCACCACUUCGUGACUAGUUGGCGUCUUCUCUGGUGGUGUGGUGUGAUAGAAUCUCUCUUCUCAGGACACACAAAUGCUGUCCUCAAUAGAAAGGUGUCCAGAGUUCAGAGGUCCAGAAUCUGUGUCCUUCACUGAGAGGACCUUGGGGCUGACAAAUGCUGUCCUCAAUAUGGAGAUGUCGAGAGUAGAGAGGUCCAAUUCAGUCUCCUUCAUAUCAAGAGGGUGUCCCCUAGUGGAGGUUCCGCUGUAUUUCAAGGAGGGUGUACAUGUACAGUUUGUCCUUUAGCCUGCAAAUUUCACUAUCUCUUGUCUGGGGAAUUCAUAAUAUUCUUGUCUGAGAACAUGAAGCAUGAAAAGUACAAUGACACAAAUGUUAAUAAUUUAAAGGUCUUUA